AGAAAUGAGAGAAAACACACAGAGCAGAAACUCUUUACCUGCACCAGAUGUAAGAUCAGCUUUACUACCUUAAAAGAGCGGAGCCAUCAUUAUUCAGAAGUGCACCUAGUAAAGAAGCACUUUCACUGUGAGAAGUGUGGGAAAAAUCUUUUUGCAUCAACGUCUACUAUAAAUAAUCACAUGAAGACACACAGUGAUGAAAAGCUUUUCCACUGCAGUGAAUGUAACAAAUAUUUCUCCAACAAAGGAAAUCUCGUCGCUCAUAAGAGAACUCACACAGGAGAAAAACCAUACAAAUGUCCUCACUGUGAGAAGAGAUUUAGUAAUCCAUCCUAUAUUAAGAGACACGUGCGUUUACACACCAAUGAGAGACCGUAUCAGUGCAGUGAAUGUGGAAAAACCUUUAGGGAUUUAGGCUCUUUAAAAUCACACCAAAAAACACACAGUGAGGAGAAAUCCUAUCAGUGUUCAUACUGUGAAAAACGUUUUCAUCAGAAAGGUGAUCUGAUAAUUCACGAGAGGAUUCACACUGGAGAGAAACCUUACCUCUGCUCUCACUGUGGAAAAAGCUUCUCUAAUCCAACUGCUUUUGGCGUUCAUCAGAGAGUUCACACUGGAGAAAAACCUCAUUCCUGUGAUGUUUGUGGCAAGAGAUUCAGUCAACAUAAAGAUUUAGUGAGACACCAGAGAAUUCAUACCCGUGAAAGACUUUACAAAUGCUCUCAGUGCGAUAAGACAUUCGCUCGAUCAGAUGUUUUGAGAACCCAUCAGAGAGUUCAUACUGGAGAGAAACCUUACCACUGCUCCAUCUGUGAAGAGAGAUUCGCUUAUUUAGGAAGUUUUCAGAGUCAUCAGAAGAAACAUGCUGAAGCACAAACUACACUAAAUUCAUAAUAGCAUCUUUUAUUAUUUUUAUUCACACCUUAGCAUAAUUUUGCUUAAACUUAACUUUAAUUUUCUUGUAUCUAUCUAUUGAAGUAAAAUGUGC